CAGGCAGGAGGCCGCGUGAGCCCGGCCGUCGCCAGCGCUGCCCACCCACACGGACCCGCACAACAGCUCCUCGCCCACCGCGGGUUCCUCCUGAAGGGACGGCCAGGCUGUACGGGCGGCUGUCCCCCUCCGCCUCCCUGGGCUGUGCUGCAGGGGCGGCUGGCAAAGGGCUGGGGUCCCUGGGGCAGUGCCUUGGUGUGGCGGCUCGGCGGGAAGAGCGGGGCUUGUGGGCUUCGCGCCCCCGUCUUGCCUCGACGGGCCGGGUGGGGGCUGCCGUGUGCCCCCGCUGCCGGGCGCUGCGCCGGCUGUGGUGGAGCGGCGAGCGCACAUUGUUCUGCCGGCCGGGCUCCCCGCGGCGCAGCCCGUCCCUCUCCCCUCCCUCCUCCGCCUCCCGUCCCUCUCCCCUCCCUCUGCAGGUCCCUCCUUCCCUCGUCACCGAGCGGUGUAUAAAUCCCCUUCCCCGGCGUAUCCCCCCACCGCGGGAGACCCUGGUACUUUGGCCCCCGGGGCGGGAGCCUGCUGCCUCCGGACCGCCGGGACUUUGCUGACCGCUUUUCCCCCCUCGCGGGGCCCCCUCACACGGUUCCCACCAGCCUCUUCCCUUCGCAACCCGGGUCAGGAUGUCGGAAAAACGCGUCGAGGAGGCGCCGGCGGAGCUGAGCGCUAAGGAAAUGAAAGAAAAGAAGGACAAACUUGAGGAAAAAACGGUUCACAAAGAAAAGAAGAAGGAGGUAGUAGAGGAUGAAGAAAAUGGAGCUGAAGAAGAUGAGGAAGAGAAUCCUGAUGACGUGGAUGAAGAAGGUGGUGAUGAGGAUGAAGAAGGAGACGAGAAUGGGCAAGAGCAGGAUGGUCAUGCAGAAAAACGAUCUGCAGAGGAGGAAGAGGAUGAAGUGGAUCCAAAGAGACAGAAGACAGAAAACGGGUCUUCAGCUUGAGUCCUCCCCUCCCAUCUCCUCUGUUCCGUCCAUCUCUUCUCCUCCAUUCCAGCCUGUGCUUGCACUGUCCGUUAGCCUCCGGCUUCACACAAUCUCAGAUGAGGGAAGAUUAGAAAUGCUCUCAAACAGAGAAGACAGCAGUUUCCUCCUCGCCUACCUGUGACAUCCCUCAGCUGAAACUAUUCCAGUCCCCCCAUCCCUUCCGCUGUGCCCCACUGACAAGGGAUCCUCUCCCCUCAAGAAUCUCGUCGUUUCCUCUGGCCCAGUAUGUCCCCUUACCAGGCCUGUGUGCCAGGCUCCUCCUGCAGCCGGCACCCGUCCUCCCCUUCCCGCUUGCCCCCCUUUUUUUGUCACUAGUGCAAAUGAGAUUCUUGAUGGCUUCUGCUCCCCAGGCGUACUGCUGUCAGAGGUCCUCCCUGAGUCCAGGAGGCUGCGGGCACACAUCUCAUGGUGCAUUUUCCAGUUCUAGGCGUCCUCUCAUCUGCUUUCCCACUGAACCCUGAGAGACAAAGAAAAAAGAAUUAUUACAAGCAAAUAAUGGUUCUGUUAAACCAUACAUGGAUACAGAAUUUAUUUUAAGCUUGCUUUUUUUUUCCCCAAGUUUACAUGACAGCAAGCUGGCCCUCGUGAAUUUUUCAGAAGAUAAGGGUUGUUUUUAUAUAUGAAUUUCACCUGAAUUGCAUAUUUUUCUAAUUUGGAGGCUUUUUUAAAAGAAAUCAAGAGAGAAACAAUUGGGGACCAAACUUUCAAUUCCAUUUUUUUUCCCUUCAGAUUUUCUUGUGACCAGUUUUUGUAAAUUAAAGGCGAUACAGCCACAGCAUUUUCUAUGGCACAGACAUCACGAGGAUGAUAGAUAUAAAUAUAUAUAUUGUUUUCAACUAGCACUGUAAAUAAAAGCGUUUAAAAAUA